AUGCCAUCCAUUCUAUUUUCUGUGGUAUUUUUAUUUUUAACAAAUUUUUUUAUUGAACCAACAACAUGUGCUAUUCCUGCUUACAUACAAAAUCUUGAACUCGAUGAUAUCACAUCAAUCGUAGAUAAAUUUCCGGCAAUCCUCACUAAAAUCAAAGAGGCUGUCAAUCGAUUUCGAUGUCCGAAAGGUUGGAGACGUUUAGGUGGCUCGUGCUAUUAUUUGUCGGACGUAAAAUCAAUAGCAGCGCAUGCUAAUGAUACAUGUAAUCUUCUACAUUCGAAUCAUUCAAAUUUAAUGCAAAUCCGUAAUUCAAUCGAAUUAUUUUAUGCAGCUCAUAUUCUAACGAAAAACAAUCUAUCAUCAUUAAUUAUUGAAAUCGAUCCUGAUUUACUUAAAGGUAAAACGAUUACAGACAUUUUAAUGAACGAUCAAGGUCGAUGGCAACGUAUGAAAGAUAAAUUUCGUCAGAUGCGUAUUCGUUAUUAUAAAUUAAAAGAAAAAAUCCUUCAUGAACUAGAUUCAGCUGGUUUACGUAUAUCGAGACGUUCGAAAAAAAUGAAAAAAAAAGUAAAAAUCUAUCAAGAAAAAUAUGUACACGAUCCGAAUGCAUCCGAUAAUGAUUAUUAUGAUUAUGAAGAACAAAAUAUAACGAUUUCUACAACUUCUAAUGAUACACAAUCUAUCGAUGAAUACGAAUAUGAUGACCUUGACUCGGAAGAUGAUGCUGAUGAAUUCGAACAAUUCGACGAUGUUGGAGGCAUCUGCGAUCAAGUCGAUUGGAAUGUUCUAAAUAAUGAUUCGACAGUUUAUGUUCUAACAACGUAUUUAAUAGCAAAUAAAAUAGUUUGCUCAUUAAGCAAUAUUGAGCCUAAUGUAGAAUAUGACCACGUCUGUGAAUAUGUACUCGAUUUUUGCUUCGCAAAUAUUAUGUGCGGCACACACGGACGAUGUGUAAAUACAUUAUCGGGUUUCAAGUGUUCCUGUUCGUUUUUGUAUGGUGGCCUUAUAUGUGAACGAAUCUCACGACAAGGCUAUCACAUUAUUGUUGGUGCUUUUCUUGUUAUUUUGCUCUAUGGAUUAUCACUAAAGCCAAUUCGAUGGACACUAAAACUUAUUUUUACAACAACAAUGGGUUAUUGCAAAUCGCGGCCUAAGAAAAGAAAGAGCAGAGAAUCAGAAGACGACAUUGAUGAUAAAAAAGUCUUGGUGCCUACAAUAACAAAAGAAGAUGUUGACGAAGAAAAUCCUAACAAUGAAGAAAAACAAGAACAAGAACAGGAGAAUCUUGAUGAACGUCGGCAGAGUAUCGCUGAACAAAUCUGGGAUUUUAUCGCCCCAAAAACUCUCGAUCCAUUGAAAAAUCCAACUAAACGUGAUCUUGUUCGAACCAUAUGGGUUAGUGGAUUAGCUAUAUUUUUUCUGUUAUUAUUAUAUUUUUCAACAACAUUAAUCCAUUUUUCAUGGUUUAAAUAUGAUAUAACUGAUGAUACGAAAUUAGAAUCGUUGGUCAAUGAAACCAUUCGUUUAGUAUCACAUUGUGAACGUAUAUCGAAUUCUCGUCAAGGAAAUUUAGUUUUUUUUCCUAUUGCACUUACUUUAAUCAUCAUGUUUUCAUGGUCAGUCAAGCGAGAAAGACGAUGUUUAAAAUUGUGCGAUGGCCGACCAGGUAUGAUACCACCAAUCGAACCAUUUCGCACAUCGAAUCGUUUUACAACAGCAACAGUUUUUGGAAUUCUUGCAUUUGAAGUAUUGAAAAUAUUUGAAGAGCUACUUUUUACAUCAAUGGAUGCAUUCACUGGUGGUAUCCUAUUUGAAUUAAUCGAACGAAUAGCGGUUGUUGUUCUUGUCGGAGUUCGAUACUAUCCGGUGCUGGCUUCACUACAAUUGCGUAAUGUUGUGUCACGGUUUUUUAUUGCUCUCUAUAUACUUGGCGAUAUUGUAUACUCGAUUGUACGAGAAGGAUCGUGUAUGGGCUUUCUACCGUCGUCGAGAUAUUAUUCAACUAUAGAAGAAGCAAAACUUCGAAUGGAACUUGGUUCGUGGUUUAUCGUUUAUGGUUUAAUAAAAACUUCUCCACAUUUCAUCUUUCUUUCAUAUAUCGGUGCUGAAUUAUGUGUACGCUUUGGAUAUGAUUCACUAUACGUACCAAUAAAAAAGAAUCUUAGUAUAUGGAUAGCACCCGUUGUGCAACAGGAUGAAUUAGAAUUUUCAACAUAUUAUGUAAAAAAAUUAUUUCGAAAAAAUCUAAAGGCAAAACAAAAAGAACAUCAACGAAUGACAGCGUUGGCUAAACGUAAGGGUGAUGUCGUAACGGAUCGUCAAACAGAAGAAGAAAUGAAAAGAUCGCCUUUGAAAAAGUUUUUUGACGAACACAUUUACCGUUGGGAUGAAGACUUUCGUUUUACAACGAUCGCUACUUGUACAUAUACAGUAGCUAUUGUUUUUCUUUAUUAUGUGGCAUGUACAUUUGUUUUCUUAUAUAUAUCAAGAACAACAGGUCACAUAUCAUUUAUAAGAUAUUAUCUUGAAUCAACAUUAGAUGUUGAAUUCAAAGGUUUCUUUUCGUUGAGAGCAGAAAUAAUAUGGAGUGCAGUACUCGCGUUUAUACUUUACGGAUUUCAAUUAUUUCUUGGAAUGCAAAAUUAUAAAAAACAUAAAAUGGAACUAUUUAGAGGUAUAUUUGAUGAUGUUCCAUCGCCGUCAAAUUUUAAAGCGAAUAGUAUCGUAUCGAAAUCUGUCCAUUAUUCUGGCUUUCUCGUUGGCUAUAUGGCAUGGGGAUUUUUGAUAACUUUUCAUCUAAUACUUGUAAUCUUGAGUUUUAUUCGAAUAAUAUCGUUUCAAAUGCGUUAUGUGGAAUUGAUACUUGCUGUUACUGUGCCGGUGACUGUUGUCUAUCUAUUGAAAAUGGUCGGAGCAUCAACAGCAGGCACGCUCUGCUUCAUGCAGCUCGACGAUGAAAAAGUUAAUUUGGAUAAUCGAAAAACUUAUGCAAUUUUUCUUUAUUUUAAUUUUUUUGCUGAUUGUUUUCUUGGUGUUGCGUCAUGUAUUAUUCGAUUUGUGAAAGCAACUGGUCUUAAUUUAAUUUAUAUGGCACGGCUCGACUGUAGUUUUCUAGGACGACCCAUAGAACGAUUUGAUCUUGGUUAUGCUGCUUAUGUCUCAUAUUUACAUAUGGAAGUAGCUCAUACAAAUCCAAUCAUGCUUGCUUUUUGUUAUACAUUAUAUGAUGAUGUUGUGAAACGGCGGGACAAACAUUGUUACGAUGAUGAAUGCUGUAUUGCUCCAGGUGAACUCGACGACAAUAACUCAGAUAUACAACAAAUAUCAGCAAAGGAAAAGAAUCCUAACGUAAAUGAAACAUCGUCGGACAAGAAAAAAAUAUCACGGCAAGAAAGUGUAUCGUCAAAAAAAUCGAUCAAAGAAAAGCAACCUUCAAUUCCUAUUGAUGACAAUCGUCAUUCAGUAAGAGAAGUAAAGUCGAAAUCGAAAUCUCCAAAUCCAUCAAUAGUUUCAGAUAAAAGUAGUCAAAAAUCGAAAACACGGAAAUUAAGUAUUGAUAAUAACAUCAACGAAGAAGAAGAAGAAGAAGAAGAAGAAGAAGAAGAAGAAGAAGAUGGUGGUUCUCGCGCACCAACUAUUGCAACCAUUAGUCGACUUAUUCCUGAAAAACAGCCGAAUCUACCAAAACCAUCAGCACCUUUUCCUGAUGUACCUCCUCGUCAAGAUCGUCCUACUAAAGACGAUGACGAUGACGAUGACGAUGACGAUGGAGGCUUAAAACCACUAUCAAUUUCUACUAUAUCAACAAUCAUUCCUAAAAAAGUACCACAUUUAAUGCCGAUACAAGGAAAACCGCCACCGAUUAUUCCAAAACGAGACGAUAUAGUUGAGGAUGAAGAAGAUGAUGAUGGUGGAAUCAACGCAAAAUUCAUUGCGCAACAACAACGAGAAUUAGAAGAGAAGAAAAAGAAGAAAGAACUUGAAAAAGCGAAGAAAAAAUCAGUUAUUCGUGAUGACAAUGAAGAUGAUGAUGGCGGAAUUGAUCCAAGAAUAAUAGCUAAUCAGAAACGAGAAUUAGAAGAGAAGAAAAAGAAGAAAGAACUUGAAAAAGCGAAGAAACAAUCUGCUAUUCUCGAUGACAAUGAAGACGAUGAUGGAGGAAUACGAAAAACUAAACCUACUUCUAAAACAAAACCGAAGAAAAACUCCAUAAAACCAAUCAUAUUGGAUGAUGAAGAUGAAGAUGAAGAUGGUGGUACUUCGAAAAGAAAACAACAAGCAGCCGAAAAAAAGAAAAAAGAACUAGAAGCUAAGAAAAAAAUCCAAGAACAAAAGAAAGCAUUGAAACAUCAAGAUACUGAUAAUGAUGAUGAUGGUGCAUUGAAAAUAAAACAAUCUACUAAAAUGAGAAAAGUCUCUAAACCAGAGAUUUCAAACGACGAUGAUGUUGAUGAAGAUGGUGGACGUAUCGUUAAAACUUUUGACACAAUUAAAACGAUUAUGCUACCGAGCCGACCCGUACUCGGCAAUCAACAAACGAAGCAACCUUCACCGGAAGCGUUAGAGGAUGGUAGUAUGUUAACAUCUAGACGACAAGUACAACCAAUAUUGGCAUCGAGUGAUACAGUCGGUCGAAUGGUAGCAAAAUUUUCUACUGAUAAUAGAAAAAUUGCAGAAGAUAAUAGAUACGAUACAAUACCAACUGACGAAGAACGUGCUCGACGAGCGCAGGCAGUUUAUUCUUCUUCAUCGAAAAUUGCGACAUCAAAUUCAAAUUAUUCAGCAGUCAUACGAACAAAAUCAUAUCGUGAAGCUCAACCAAGUACGCCGCCCAUAACUCAACUGCAAUCAGCUGGUUCACCAUCGAAACGUAGUGGUAGUAAUGCAACUGAAGAUAGUAGCCAUUAUUCAGAAAUAACGGAUGAAACAGCUUCAUCGGGUAUUAUAAAUCAUUCGUAUUCAGGAUCUAUUCGAUCAUCGUCGAUUCAUUCAAUCAAACAACAAAGUAGAUUUUCAUCAGAAAAAGCUUUAAAAGAACAAAAAGCAGAAGAAUCAUCUGUUACAGCAGAGGACGAUGAAGAAGAUGAAGACGAGAAGGAAGAAGAAGAGGAACAACCACUACCACCGAAACAGAAACCUUUGAGAGAAACACUCACUAAUCAGUCUACCGCUUUUUCAACUAAUGGUAAUUUAGCCGAUCCAAACCAAACGAAGGCUGCUGCAAAAAAGGAAGCGGAAAAGAAAAAACGAGCAUGUUUUCGUUGGCAUCUAGCAUAUACGAUUAUUAAUAACUAUCAUCUGUUUGAUCUGAGAAAACAUGCGGAAAGUCGCCUUGCUCUAUUACGUAUUCAACGAAGUAAUGCAUCCGAUGAAGCUCAAAAUGCUGCGGGUGCUCCUGCCGCAGAACCACUGGUAACAACUCAAGUGUCUCGACAUCGAGGAGCGCGAUCUGCUGACACCACGCCUAGAGUAUUUAUAGCAAACUCACCCGCAUCACCUGAACCACGACCACCAGCAGGCCGCCGUCUAAUUUCUGCGCCGGGACCUCCAGCUGGAGAUUCUUUUCCUCAAAGUCCAGCUGAACGGUAUAUUGCCAUUCGUUCAUGUAUGCUAUAUGAUGUAAAAGCGUCACAAGGAAUGGGCCCGCAGUCACUAGUUACACGAAAUGUUAAUCCUAAUAAUAUGGGAGCUCGUUCUCAAUAUCUAUCAGCCGAUAUGGCUAAUGAAUUAAAUAUGAAUCGUCCAUCGUAUCAACGGCAAGCAUCACAUUGUUCAUCAUCAACGGUAACAACUGUAUUCAAUAAUACACCAAACUUUCAAGCUAUACCUGAGUCAAGUCCAGCUGCACCCGAUUAUCAGUUAGCAAACGAUCCGCUGACGAUGAACGGCAGUACAUUACGUUCGCAAAUGAAUUAUGCACAACACAUGCAAGCAUUGCGUAGGAAACAAGUAAAGAAAUUCCAGAAAAAACGCCCAUAUUGUUAUGUUUAUGGGCCACCAGUUCAACAGCCAAUGGAAGAAAAAGUGUCAACUGCUGCUAUUCUUUCACCACAAAUACUUUCAUCGACUGAUCGAUCACGUUUUCAAUUUCCAUCUAAUGCUAAAAAUAACGAUGGAAAGCAAAACAAAUCUAAUGAACCGACAAUCCGUACAGCAUCAUCAUCGCAUAACGGAGAAACUAACCGAAAUAAAUCUAUUAACAACAAACCAGUACAAACCAAAGUAACUUUGACUGCGCGAAGAGAUUCGCAAAGUAGUUUUUCAAAUGUGACUGAAGUUUAA